GUGGAAAGAGCUCGGGUUAAUUUCGAGUGUUAUCUGCAAUCUAGAUGUUUAUAAAUCAUUUCAGUCGUUGAUAUAAUAAUUAAAGGUCGACUGAACAUGAAUUAUAUUAUACAAUUUAAAGCGCAUUUCUGUUUAUGCACGUGAACCCGUCUAACGUUAUUUUCGCAGUUAUAUAAAGUAGCAAAUUAUCGUUCCUGAAUAGGUGGCGCCGUGGUAGCGGAUCCUGUUCCUCUACUUCCGGUUUCUGCACUGUGCAACUAUUUCAGUUAUAUUUUUAAUUAACGAUGCCAAGUACUUGUUGUUGUGUACCUGGAUGUCAUUUAAGAGGAGGAAAUGCAUUUCCAAAUGACUUAAAAAGAAGGAAAUGUUGGACCAACGCCAUGGCCCAUACGCAGAUUGGACGAGAACACGAUGAUAUCAUGGAGUCCAUCUCAAUCAGCUGUUGACAGUGUUGUUUGCAAGGCACGUUUUACUGAAAAAGACUACGUGCAGGAAACUAUUCAUGGGCGCAAACCCACCAUACAGAGACUUAAGUCUACUGCAAUUCCCAGCCUAUUUUCCUGGACCAAGCAAGAGACUGAAUCGUCCACAAAAAGAAAAAUCAGGGCAGUUUCCUGUGAAAACAAAAGAACUAAACUUGAUGAAUAUUGUAGUAGAAAUCUAGAGGAAAGUUUUGAUUGUAAAGUUGGUUUUCCUGAAGAAGUCAUUCAUACUGCAGAAAGGAUUUAUGACUGUCCACCACCAACUGCCGAGCUAAUGUUGAGCUUCACAGAUGGAAUUACGCAAACACCAUCAAUGCCUAUGUUUUCAGCAGAGAAUUUUGAAAUGAAGACACGUGACACAGCCAUGCAUUUUUAUACCGGUUUAGAGUUGUAUACUAAAUUUUUAUUUGUUUUGACCACACUUGGUCCAGCAGCACAUUGUUUGAGAUACAUAUAUUUUCAAAUUGAUAGGGUGUCAGUUGAAAAUCAGUUUUUUUAUGACUUUGAUGAAAUUGAGGCAUCAUACAACCAACUUUGAACUGUCUAGAUUCUAGAUUGAAUCUAGUGUUAAGAAUAUUGUGUAUACAUGGAUUGUUUUUAUGUCUAAACAGUGGUGUGAGGCUAACACUUGGCCAUCUAGUGGUUUAGUCAGGUAUUUUUCACCAUCCAACUUCAAAUUAAAGUUUCCUACGACUUGGAUUAUUAUUGACAGCACAGAAUAUCCCGUGAUAAAACCUAAAGCUCCUAGAGCUCAGGCAACCUUUUCAUCAAAUAAAAACAGAAACACUGAAAAUUCUUGAAUGUUCGACACCUGGUGGUUUAGUCAACUAUGUCUCUAUGUCACAUAGAGCGAAUUGUUGGACUUGGCAAAACAUACAAAAUUCUAAUAGAUCCUAUGAAUGGAACUGAAACAAAACUUUCAUCUGAAAUAACAUUUAGUUGUUUUAUGUUGUGUAAUUUUAGAACUUGUAUUGUGCCAAAGGAUGCAUAAAUAAAAGUGACGCAAUGAA